CACCAACCCCGGCAAUAAUAAGACGGGCGAGAGAGUGAUUGAGCGGGCGUUUUAUCUUUCUCUCUCUCUCUCUCGGUCGGCCAGUGUGACGGACUCGUCGCGGUGGAGGGGGGAGAGGGGGUUGAGCUCGCCGUCGAUUCGAGGGGAGAGGAGGCGGGAGGAGAGGGGCGGCCACCCCGGGGAAACCGAGCCCUAUCGGCCGCGGGGCCCCUCCAUCGACCGCCAGUCGCCGCCGGCCAUGGCAGGGGCGGCGCCGGAUCGGGCGGCGCUGACGGUCGGCCCGGGCAUGGACAUGCCGAUCAUGCACGACAGCGACCGCUACGAGCUGGUGCGGGACAUCGGCUCCGGCAACUUCGGCGUCGCCCGACUCAUGCGCGACCGCCGCACCAUGGAGCUCGUCGCCGUCAAGUACAUCGAGCGCGGGGAGAAGAUAGACGAGAAUGUCCAGCGUGAGAUAAUUAACCAUAGAUCACUGAAACAUCCCAACAUCAUUAGGUUUAAGGAGGUUAUUUUAACACCGACCCAUCUUGCUAUUGUCAUGGAAUAUGCAUCUGGUGGUGAGCUUUUUGAGAGAAUAUGUAAAAAUAUACGAUUCAGUGAAGAUGAGGCUCGCUACUUCUUCCAGCAGCUUAUAUCUGGAGUCAGCUACUGCCAUUCGAUGCAAGUAUGUCACCGUGACUUGAAGCUGGAGAACACAUUGCUGGACGGUAGUCCUGCUCCUCGCUUGAAGAUAUGUGAUUUCGGCUAUUCUAAGUCUUCAGUUCUCCAUUCACAACCAAAAUCAACUGUUGGAACACCUGCUUAUAUUGCACCUGAAGUUCUGUUGAAGAAAGAAUAUGAUGGCAAGAUUGCUGAUGUAUGGUCCUGUGGUGUGACUCUUUAUGUCAUGGUAGUCGGUGCAUAUCCUUUUGAGGAUCCAGAAGAACCUAAAAACUUUCGGAAGACAAUUCAGCGUAUCUUGAGUGUUCAGUAUUCAAUUCCAGAUAACGUGGACAUAUCUCCAGAGUGCAGGCACCUAAUUUCGAGGAUUUUUGUUGGGGAUCCUGCGUUGAGGAUAACCAUCCCUGAAAUACGGAGCCAUAACUGGUUCUUAAAGAACCUUCC